UUACGAAGGCUCAUUCAAGAUGGAGUAGUUUACGCACCUCAUAUUUAAAAUUAAUCUAUUUCAGCGGUUUUCGCAAUAUUUUUCCGUCUUCAUUUGUAACCGUUUGUUCUUAAGUAGAAACUAGCAACACCAUCAAAAUGACAGAAGAGAAUAAAUCGGGCUCCUUAGGCUUUUUUUCGAGUUACGACGAUUUGAGCGAUAGUAGCAGCGACUCGGACGAGGAGGGAGACGGCGGAAAGAAGAAAGCCGGGACAGCAGCUCAGGAAAGCGGUGUCCAGUCGUCCCAACAGGCGGCCAAGCGGACCUCCGGUGGAGCUCCUUUACCCAAACCGGACGAUCUGUUCAGAUCUGUGUCCAAACCUGCGUUUCUGUAUAACCCGCUGAACAAGGAGAUAGACUGGGACAAUCUGACGGUCAAACCACCCGAGGAGCCUGAAAGGGAGUUUAAGCCAUGGAAAACCAACGCUGUGCCACCACCCGAGAGCUACACUGCAGAGCCUGAAAGGAAGAAGGGGCCUCCUCCUGGAAUGGACAUGGCGAUAAAGUGGUCCAAUGUGUACGAGGACAACGGUGCAGACGCACCGCAGCCUUACACUGGCAAAGCUCGCUUCUUACCCACAGAGGAGCAGCCUUCGGACUCUGAUGAGGAAUCCCAACAGUCUGCUUUGUCGGGCAAGAAACGGCGAGUAGAGACCUUUCAGCAGAAGGAAAAGAGGAAGAGGGACUUGGGACAAGCCACCUCUGACAAGAACUUUGUAGAGGAGGAGAAAAGGAUCCUCAGGCAAAAAAUAGAGUAAAGCACAAGCGGUUUCUGAUUUCCAACAUUACACAGCUGCAGACAACAUUCACCAUUGUCACCAUGUACGGCAAGAAGAUAGUGUUCUGCAAAUAUACAAGGUCGUUCCUUUUUAUUCAUACAGUGAUGUGCUGUCGUUUGUGGAAAACAUAGUGAUUGAUUUUAAACGUCGUUUAACCGAGCUUUAUGUCACAAAGCAAUAAGACUACGAGGAGAACGUUUUCCAGCUGAAACUGAUACAGAAAUGUAAAAAAAUAUAUUUUCAAAGUCUACCAAUAAUUGCUCCAAAAGGAUUGUCAUUGUCAUCUGCAGUGACAGAUUAAACACAGACCAGUUUGUUGGGUUGGCUUCAGUAAAUUAUAAAAAAAAAAAUAACUCUUGAGGCUUAUUUGUUUUUCUCAUCCGUUUUGUUUUAUUGAAUGCAUUUUUAUUUUGAAUUAUGAAUCUGAAUAUGUGUUCGUUCAAACACGUGUAAAUCAUAAAAAAAUAUUAUUUACUAUUACUAUUAUUAUUUAUUAUUACUAUUAUUAAAGCAUUUUUUCUGCUUUUGAGCAGCAGGGGUCACACACGAGCAGCUUUAGACAUGUCCCUUUUAGUGAUGACGUCAAAAUACAACCAGGACUCUUUAGGAUUCUUUGGUUUCUAAAAUGGAAAGUGUUGAACUUUGUCAUUUUAUCUUCAUCCCUUCAUUAGACUACUUGUUUAUGAAGUACUUUGUGUUUUGUAAUGGUCAGCAUUGGUGCUGAUAAAGACAAACAUCCACCAGAUGCUUUGUGUGUGAUUUAAAACAAUAUAUUCCAUUUUUGUUGUUUUAAGGAUAUUUUUGGUUUUGAAACUGUAUUCAUUUAAUGUAAAAGGAUGUAUGGAAACUUAUAAUUUAGUGCUUUUCUCAAGUAUUCUGAGAAUUGCAGAGGCCAAGC